AUGGUGGACCUAUUAACACAGCAUGGUGAUCUGGUUGAAGAUGAUGCUGAGAGUGGGUCGGUGGGAUGUUGGAUGGAUAAGCAACGAACCAAGUGCUGCUGCACGUUCCAAACGUACGAAGCCGCCGCCUCGGCGCUGAAUGCCAUAGACGGCAUCAAAUGGCCUCAGGGCAACCAGAAGCAACUCAGCGUUACAUUCAUAUCCCUCUCCGAAGCACACGCACUGUGUCAAAGUGCGAGUGGGAAGGGUCGUGUGGCUGUUGCAUCACACGGCCCAAAUGGCAAUGACAGACGGGCGAGCGCUGCGGUGGAGCAGGAACGCCUUAAGGCAAGGGAAGCGGCUCAGCGGAGAAAAUCCGAAGCCGAAAAGGAGAAGGUGAAGGAGAAAGAGACGAAAAAAGAGGUGGACGAGAAGAAGAAACCAAGAAAGGUCGUGGCACUUGACCAGAUAUUCCGUAAGACGACAGCAGAACCGCCGCUGUACUGGAUGGAGGUGGAUGCCCAAGAGAUCGAGGUACAUUAA